GCGCAGUAGCUUCUAUCUUGUUGUACUAUGGGGGACAGGACGGUAUUCACGUAUUCUUCAAGGACAGCACGUUCAUGGACGAACAUCACCGAAUACACAAACGCAUGCCAACAGACGACUGGUACGGCGAACUUCUGCUAAAAGGAUGGGCUUUUGGCUUUGUAUAUGUGGUACCGGGCCUCAUAGGUGCAACCGCAUCUUUGUUCUUUGAGAAAUGCAUCAUGAUCUUACACGUGGUUGUAGCUGUUGUGUUUCUUAUAGCAGGCAGUUUCUUACACACCGCCGGUACUAUGGCGAUCAUUUUGUUCCGGGUAUUUACUGUAAAUGGGGUAAUUAGGUACGAUUCGUGGCCGUCAGACUGUAUUUAUGUCAGAUAUAACGAUGGCUUACAACAAGAUGUUGCAGACGAGAAAUGCGAGUCCGGCAGAAAGGCCCUCAACUAUGCAAUAGCCGCCGCGAGUGUUACCUUGGUCGCCUGGGUGUUUCUUUUAUGUGAAUUACUUUAUGUCGGUUUUACGUACCAUAACAUUGGAAAGAAAAAUACGAAGACUGUCAAAGAAACUGUACGUCCUGAGGAAGAAAGGCCUCGGCGAAGGACAUACCCUCAACGAAAAAGAGCACCGCCACCGCCAAGAGCAUCACGACCGGAAGCAGAAACUACUUCCGGUCCGAGCACCAGUUAUGACAAUGUUGUUCCAGACACACCUACAGCUCAGACCACGCCCACUUUCGGUACAUUUCAGAAGAGUGAAAAUAUCGGAGCAACGUCUUCAUCACAAUGCUACGAUAAUGCAACAUUUGGUAUAGCAGACGAAGGUAGUGUAAGAGAUGCAAAAGCAGACAUAGUCAGUGACAAACCUGUGUCCCCGGAAAUGGUAGAAAUUCAAGAAGGUGAAAAAACAGCGCUUUAGACGUCAUAUGGAGAUCAUCAAUGAAUAAAUUAUACUGUAGCCAAGUAGAUUAUAAGAAAAAGUGUGUUAUGAUAUUGUUUGUGAAGUAAACUUGUAUUGAUAUUCCAUUGUAUUAUUAAUGGGAUGUGCGGAACAUGCGUUAAGUUAUAAAAUCACGUAAACACCUUAUUCUCCAUUUGUUUCAAAGCUGUAUCGACAGUCAAAUAUUAAAGGGACUCCACUGAGGUUUCUUGACGUCACAGGACUGAAAAUAAUUUUUCGGGAUUAAUAUUCCGACCAAUUCUAGACCAAUUACGCGCGUGCAAAAUUUCACAUCAUUUGCUAAUUUCGUUUUCCAGAAUAAUUAGUCUAAUUGAUGAAUGUGAAAAAUGCCGUAAAAUUAAGCGUUACAACGCUUUUCAAACAACUCGGGCAAAGAAUAGCAAAAAUGAUAGAAAAAAAUUA